GGUAUAAGAGAGGGGGCGCCGGGUGAAAACCGGUCUCAUUGAACGCGCCGGUAGGUGAGGGGCUCCUUGUGUGCCGUCUUCGCUAGCACAGCCAGGCCUUUACGCGAGCAACCAUGUCGAAAGGACCUGCAGUUGGCAUUGAUCUUGGCACCACCUACUCCUGUGUGGGUGUCUUCCAGCACGGAAAGGUGGAGAUAAUUGCUAAUGAUCAGGGAAAUCGAACCACGCCAAGCUAUGUAGCUUUCACUGACACGGAGCGACUGAUUGGAGAUGCCGCAAAAAAUCAAGUGGCUAUGAACCCCACCAACACAGUUUUUGAUGCUAAACGUCUGAUUGGACGUAGAUUUGAUGAUGCUGUUGUUCAGUCUGAUAUGAAGCACUGGCCCUUCAUGGUGGUGAAUGAUGCAGGCAGGCCCAAGGUUCAAGUAGAAUACAAAGGAGAGACAAAAAGCUUUUACCCAGAGGAGGUGUCUUCUAUGGUGCUGACAAAGAUGAAGGAGAUUGCAGAAGCUUAUCUAGGCAAGACUGUUACCAAUGCUGUGGUUACUGUGCCAGCUUACUUCAAUGACUCUCAGCAUCAGGCAACCAAAGAUGCUGGAACUAUUGCUGGUCUUAACGUACUUAGAAUUAUCAACGAACCAACUGCUGCUGCUAUUGCUUAUGGCUUAGACAAAAAGGUUGGAGCUGAAAGAAAUGUGCUGAUUUUUGACUUAGGAGGUGGCACUUUUGAUGUGUCAAUCCUCACUAUUGAAGACGGAAUCUUUGAAGUGAAAUCUACAGCUGGAGACACCCACUUAGGUGGAGAAGAUUUUGACAAUCGAAUGGUCAAUCAUUUCAUUGCUGAGUUCAAGCGCAAGCACAAGAAGGAUAUCAGUGAGAACAAAAGAGCUGUCCGCCGUUUGCGUACUGCAUGUGAGCGAGCUAAGAGAACCCUUUCUUCCAGCACCCAAGCCAGUAUUGAGAUUGAUUCCCUCUAUGAAGGAAUUGAUUUCUACACCUCCAUUACUCAUGCUCAGUUUGAAGAAUUGAAUGCUGACCUGUUCCGUGGCACUCUGGACCCUGUGGAGAAGGCUCUUCGAGAUGCUAAACUGGACAAGUCUCAGAUCCAUGAUAUUGUCCUAGUGGGUGGUUCUACCCGUAUCCCCAAGAUCCAGAAGCUUUUGCAAGAUUUCUUCAAUGGAAAAGAAUUGAAUAAGAGCAUCAAUCCUGAUGAGGCUGUUGCUUAUGGUGCAGCUGUUCAGGCAGCCAUUUUAUCUGGAGACAAGUCUGAAAACGUCCAAGAUUUGCUCCUGUUGGAUGUUACUCCUCUUUCUCUUGGUAUUGAAACUGCUGGUGGAGUCAUGACAGCCCUCAUCAAGCACAAUACCACCAUUCCUACCAAGCAGACCCAGACCUUCACUACCUACUCAGACAACCAGCCUGGCGUGCUCAUUCAGGUAUAUGAAGGUGAGCGAGCCAUGACCAAGGAUAACAACCUGCUUGGCAAGUUUGAACUCACAGGCAUACCUCCCGCACCCCGUGGUGUUCCUCAGAUUGAAGUAACUUUUGAUAUUGAUGCCAAUGGCAUCCUCAAUGUUUCUGCAGUCGAUAAAAGUACAGGAAAAGAGAACAAGAUUACCAUCACUAAUGAUAAGGGCCGUUUGAGCAAGGAGGACAUAGAACGUAUGGUCCAGGAAGCAGAGAAGUACAAGGCUGAAGAUGAGAAGCAAAGGGACAAAGUGUCCUCCAAGAACUCAUUGGAGUCCUAUGCUUUCAAUAUGAAAGCAACAGUUGAAGAUGAGAAGCUUCAAGGCAAGAUUAAUGAUGAAGAUAAACAAAAGAUUCUUGACAAGUGCAAUGAGAUCAUCAACUGGCUGGAUAAGAAUCAGACUGCGGAGAAAGAAGAAUUUGAACAUCAGCAGAAGGAGCUGGAGAAAGUCUGCAAUCCCAUCAUCACCAAGCUCUACCAGAGUGCAGGUGGCAUGCCUGGAGGAAUGCCUGGGGGCUUCCCUGGUGGAGGAGCUCCUCCCUCUGGUGGUGCUUCCUCGGGACCCACCAUUGAAGAGGUUGAUUAAGCCAACUUUAAAUAAAAAUAUAGCAUUCUUCCACAACCAAUAAAAUUGAAGGACCUAAAUUUGUAGCAAAUUCUGUAGCAGUUAAAGUUGAACUGCUAUAGUAAAGUACUGGGCAUUCUCAAUACUUGAAUAAUGGAACAUGUACACAGGGAAACAUAGCAUUGCACUUUAAGCACUGUACUAUAAGUGAAAAUGCAAUGUCUUCAAUAAAUAUUUAAAUUGGCACCAU